CCGCACACUGACAGUCAAUAUCUCUCGGACCAGCGACUACCCCCCCUUCCCCUACCGCAAUGGCUGCUGACUCGAUGGAGAUUGACGACUCUCUGUACAGCCGCCAGCGCUAUGUACUGGGAGACAGUGCUAUGCAACAGAUGGCCCAGUCCUCAGUCUUUCUCAGUGGAUUGGGAGGCUUGGGAAUAGAGAUAGCCAAGAAUAUUGUCCUAGCUGGUGUAAAGGCAGUUACCCUCCAUGAUACCAAGCAGUGUGAAACUGGGGAUCUGGGCUCCAACUUUUUCAUACGCCAAGAAGAUGUGUUAAAUUGCAGGACGAGGGUGGAGGCAGUGUACCCUCGGGUAGCAGAGUUGAAUCCCUAUGUACACGUGAAUACAUCUCUCUCUACUCUGGAUGACAAGACUGACCUCAGCUUCCUCCGAAAGUACCAGUGUGUGAUUCUGACCCAAGCCAGACUAGGUUUACAGAAAAAAGUGAAUGAGUUCUGCCACUCACAAAAGCCUCCCAUCAAAUUCAUUGGCUGUGAUGCCUAUGGUAUCUGUGUGCGGGUAUUCUGUGAUUUUGGGGAGAAUUUUGAAGUGACAGACCCCACGGGGGAAGAGCCCAAGGAGCUUUUCAUCCAAAGCAUCACUCAGGACAACCCCGGAGUAGUGACUUGCAUGGACAACCGCACCCAUGGUUUGCAGACAGGCGAGAGUGUCCUCUUCAGAGAGAUUAAUGGCAUGGUGGAACUCAAUGGCACGGCACGGCAGGUUUCAGUCCUUUCCCCUGACAGUUUUGCAAUUGGAGACACAUCUGAUCUGCAACCCUAUGCACAUGGAGGAUUUUUCGUCCUGAUGAAAACCCCUCAGACCUAUAACUUUGAGACAAUGGAGAGACAACUGUGUGAUCCAAAAGUCCUCACUCCAGACUUCAGCAAACCUGAUGCUCCACUACAAAUCCAUGCUGCAAUGUUAGCCCUCGACACCUUCCAGGAGCAGCAAAGCAGACUGCCUAAUAUUGGUUGUUCACAGGAUGCUGAGGUUUUACUAAAGCUCACAGAGGAAGUAAAUUCAAGUCUCAGGAACCAAGCUCCAGUAAACCCUGAGUUGGUGCACUGCCUAUCCAGGACAGCAAGAGGAGCCUUACCCCCGUUAGCAGCAGCUGUAGGGGGCCUGGCCAGUCAGGAGGCCCUCAAAGCGCUUACUGGGAAGUUUGCACCCCUGCAGCAAUGGUUUUAUCUGGAUGCUGUUGAAGUGGUCAGGCCGCUCCAGGCUCUCUCUGCAGAGGAGUUUGCCCCAAGAAGUGAUCGGUACGAUGGGCUACGUGCCUGCAUAGGGGAGUCUAUGUGUCUGGAGCUGCACAAGCUCAGGGUCUUUAUGGUGGGUUGCGGUGCCAUCGGAUGUGAAAUGCUGAAAAACUUUGCCCUCCUUGGUGUGGGAUUGUCCAGGAGUUCAGGAGAGGUGUGCGUAACAGACCCAGACCUCAUUGAGAAGUCCAACCUUAACCGUCAGUUUCUCUUCAGACCACAUCAUAUACAGAAACCUAAGAGUACCACAGCAGCUGUGGCCACAAUGGAUAUCAACCCAGAGCUGCAGGUGGACGCUCACCUUAACAAGGUGUGUCCCGCCACUGAGGCCAUGUACAGCGACUCCUUCUACUCCCGCUUGAACGUGGUGGUCACGGCACUAGACAACGUGGAGGCCCGUAGAUACGUGGACAGUCGCAGUGUAUCCAAUCAGAAAGCUCUCCUUGACUCCGGGACCAUGGGAACCAAAGGACACACAGAAAUCAUUGUGCCAAACUUGACAGAGUCAUACAACAGCCAUAGGGACCCCCCAGAAGAGGAGAUCCCAUUCUGCACCUUAAAGUCCUUCCCCUCAGUCAUAGAGCACACCAUCCAGUGGGCCAGGGACAAGUUUGAAAGUAUGUUUGUCCACAAGCCAUCCAUGUACAACUUGUUCUGGCAGACCCAUUCCUCAGCUGAAGCUGUGCUACAGAGAAUGCAGGCGAGGGAGAGUCUGGAGGGAGCAUUCCAGGUCAUUAAGCUGCUAAGCAGGCGGCCUAGCCAAUGGGAACAUUGUGUCGCUCUGGCCCGUCUAAAAUUCGAGAAGUAUUUCAAGACAAAGGCCCAACAACUGUUGCACUCUUUCCCCCUGGACACACGGUUAAAGGAUGGAAGUUUGUUUUGGCAGUCGCCAAAAAGACCUCCAUCGACCAUAGAAUUCGACUUGAAAGACUCUUUGCACUUCACUUUCAUUGUCAGUAUGGCCCGUCUGUUGGCAAUGAUCUAUAACAUCCCUUUCUCAGAAAAGGAUCUAUCAGAAGAAUCAGUGGAUAAAAUUCUCUGUGAUGUCAAGAUUCCAGAAUACCAGCCUUCAGAGAAACAUAUUGAGACAGACGAGACGGCACGGAAACCUAAUCAUAUGAAGAUGGCGUUGAGCAGUGAGGAAGAGAGGGAUGCCAUCAUUCAGCUAGAGGAAGCCAUCUCUGCUAACAGUGUUACACCAGAGAGGUUACAGAUGUCCCCGCUGCAGUUUGAGAAGGAUGAUGACAGUAAUGGCCACAUGGACUUUGUGGCUGCAGCGUCAGUUCUUAGAGCCCAUAUGUACUCCAUUGAGGCCGCUGAUCGUCUCAAGAUAAAACGCAUUGCUGGCAAGAUCAUACCUGCUAUUGCCACAGCAACGGCUGCUGUUGCUGGACUGGUGGCACUAGAGCUGAUUAAGGUGGUGGGAGGCUACGAGUUUGAAUCGUUCAAAAACUGCUUCUUUAACCUGGCCAUCCCUGUAGUGGUGCUCACUGAGACUGCCCCUGUCAAAAGGACAUACAUCAGGGAAAACAUCUCCUUCUCCAUUUGGGACCAUUGGACUGUCUAUGGCCAUGAUGACUUCACUCUUUCUGACUUUAUCAGUGCUGUGAGGGAGAACUAUGGAGUUGAACCCAUCAUGGUGGUCCACGGUGUGAAGAUGCUCUAUGUUCCUGUAAUGCCCGGGCACAGCAAAAGACUCAAGCUGACGAUGCACAAGCUGAUCAAGCCGUCGGUGGAUCGCCGCUAUGUGGACCUGACCGUGUCGUUUUCUCCCGAGACAGACGGAGAGGAAGACCUGCCUGGUCCCCCCAUCAGGUACUACUUCAGCCGUGACGCAGACGGAGGACUGCCCUGACAUCUUCCCAUACGUCAUCAUCUGCAAACCUCCUGUGUCCUUAUUUGCCGUCUCCCAUGUAUCCUGUUUCACCCCUAAAACUUUGGGCCUGGGCCAGGAUCUUUGCGCUAGUCAUGUCACAUCAUGAAGAAAUCUCUUGGCCCUGAGCACGAGGUCCCAGUAACUUCAUGGAGCAAGGAAGACCAACGCUGGGCCCAGCUGUUCUCACCUGAGCCCCAGCCCUUUGGACCACUAGGCGACUCACGUAGCACUUACCUGUGUACAUACAUUCUGUUCUGUUUUCUACUCUGGUUUAAUGCACAGCUCUGCAGGUGCCAAUGCCUUAAUUAAUGAUUUUGUUGUGUUUUUGAGUCUCAGAGUGAAAGCUAUGUUUACAGAUUGCAAGAUAACACCACCCCCCACCCCCCAAACUCAGAGCCCAUUUAUUUCUUUUGUAACCCUGUAAUAUGGUUUGAGAAGGGUCUAAACUGGGAGCGGAGGGGUUCUAGUUUGUAAGGAUCACCUCAACUCCUCUUCCCCAUAUUGACUUAUGAGCAGGAAGAACCUCUCCUUGAGAUUGGCUUGCUGGUGGAUCUCUCCCCUCUCAAAAAAGGGCCAAGCUAUUUUGUGGCACAUUUUCAAAGUGUUAACGGUGGACAAUGGCAAAUCCAUUAAAGAAAUUAACAUUGUGUUUUGACAGGAUUUUGCUCAUUAUGACCACUUUGACUGCCUCAUAAGACAAGCUUUUGUUUCCACUGUAGAAGAUUAUUACCAAAGCAUUUGACGUUACAGAUCAGACCCACAGGUAGCCUAAGCUGCUAGUUGUAACUGCGGUAUGGAAGAUUUUGGUGAUUGCUAGGAAAGACUCUCUUAUCACAGUUGGGGAGGGGGAGAACAGUAGGAACAUACUUGAAUAGACUGACUGGCCUGGAUUUUACGUCUUUCGCAAAGGAAAAAAAAAUUGCGGUUUUACAUAAACAAAACAUCUGUAGCAACAGUUGACAUCACACACAGUUGAAAUCACACUUUUUUUUCUAAAGCAUUAAAAAAAUUAUUUGAAUUUACAGUGUUUGACUUUAAGGGAUGUCUGUCCAUUAAACAUAUUUAUUUGUUAGUUCGUCAAUGUUAUUUUUAUGUGAAAUUGAGCCUGCUUUGAGCUCUGAGUUAUGAUGCACUGGUUAGUUAAAGAAACAGAAUCACGUCAACUCGAGUUGCUUCUUGAGUUGCCAAAGUUGCUUCUCUUCCUUUUUGUUUGAGUGGGAGAUUCCCAAAAGAAUCUGAUUUAACAGUGUUUAGUGAGGUAAAAGGGGACUGCCACCAUCUUUGGUCCAUUUGGGAAAAAAACCCUCUAGUAUGGAAGUUACUGAUCCACCUUAAGGAGCAAUUUUUUGCCGUAGAGUUCACAUUUAAAUCGAGCAUCUAGAAGUCUCGAUGACCGAUGUCUUAAAAUGGCUGUCAGCCACAUUCAUUCUUUCCCCUAGACCCAGAGCUGGCCAGUUUAUUUUGCACAAAGUGUACCAUGCUGACAAUAGUUCAUGUGCAAUGAAUGAUGUUCUAACUAAAAAGAUGAUGACGUGUCUGAUGAUCCAUGUUCUUGUUGUGAAGGACAAUUCAAUGAAUAAUCUAAUAAAAUGUAAGCUUUCAGGA